UCUCUCUCUGUCUCUCUGCUUUUUUUUUUUUUUUGUUUUUUCUUUAAAAAGAAGAACAUUGUGACUCUCUCCGGCGUUUUUUCCAGCUCAGUUCCCUCCUUUCUCUUCUCCUUUCGCUUGUUGUGUAAUGGACGACCGUAUUCCGGCUGAUGCUGCUGCUGCUGCUGCUGUUGUUGUUGCAGCUUCGGACAGGGUGCAAGGAUCCUGCGAUCCAAGUGGAGGUUUAGCUGGGGCAAGGUAUAAGCUUGUGGCGCCGGCUAAGCUUCCGAUCUCGAGGUCUUCCUGCAUCACGAUCCCGCCUGGGCUUAGUCCGACUUCCUUUCUCGAGUCCCCGGUUCUUCUUUCGGAGAUUAAGGUAGAUCCCUCUCCAACCACUGGUUCCCUUACUAAGUAUCAAGCAAUUCAAGCCUCUGCUGCUGGCAGUGCAUAUCCUGCAACUAAAUUGUGUUCUGAUACCUUUGAAGAAAGAAAAUCCAGCUGCUUUGGGUUUAGGCACCAUUCUGGUUCAAACAUGGCUCCUGCAGAUCUGAGUCAUCAGAGAAGUGAACAGUCUCUGCAUAUCCAAGGUCAGUCAGCACCAGUCAAAAGUGAGAUGGCAAGCUCCUCAAAUGAUUUGAGUCUCUCGGUACCUGUUCACUUAACUACUGGUUCUAGUGCUCCUGCUGAAGUUGAUUUUGAUGAAUUAAACCAGACAGGUCACCCCCAUACUGGGAUACAGGUGUCUCAUUCUGAUAAUAGAGGAAAUGGCCCUUCAAUGUCAUCUGAUGAUGGUUACAACUGGAGAAAGUAUGGACAGAAACAUGUUAAAGGAAGUGAAUUUCCCAGAAGUUAUUACAAAUGUACACAUCCUAAUUGUGAAGUUAAAAAGCUUUUUGAGCGCUCACAUGAUGGUCAGAUCACAGAGAUAAUAUAUAAAGGUACACAUGAUCAUCCUAAACCUCAACCAAGCCGCCGAUAUUCUGUUGGCAAUAUCAUGUCAGGCCAAGAAGAAAGAUCUGACAAGAUGUUAUCUCUGGCUGGCAGAGAUGACAGGUCAUCCAACGCAUACGGUCAGAUGCCUCCUACCAUUGAGCCAAAUGGUAACCAUGAGCUAUCUCCUGUUACAGGAAUUGAUGAUAAUGUUGAUGAAGUUGAUGAUGAUGACCCAUUCUCAAAACGGAGGAAGAUGGAUGGGGGGAUUGAUAUCACUCCUGUGGUAAAGCCAAUCCGGGAGCCACGUGUGGUUGUUCAGACUCUAAGUGAAGUUGAUAUACUGGAUGAUGGGUACCGGUGGCGCAAGUAUGGACAGAAAGUUGUGAGAGGGAAUCCCAAUCCGAGGAGUUAUUACAAGUGCACAAGUGCUGGAUGUCCUGUUAGGAAACAUGUGGAGCGGGCAUCGCAUGAUCCUAAAGCUGUUAUUACCACAUAUGAAGGAAAACACAACCAUGAGGUACCUACUGCAAGGACUAGUAGUCAUGACACAGCAGGACCGGCUGCUAUGAAUGGACCACCAAGGAUUAGAUCUGAAGAAAGUGAUUCAAUUAGCCUUGAUCUUGGGGUUGGGAUUAGUUCUGCUCCUGAAAGUAGUUUUAAUGAGCACCGGCAAGUGCAUUCUGAACUAGUCCAAAGCCAAUCUCAGACUGGCAGUUCCAGCUUCAAAUUUGUUCAAGCAACAGCAAACCCAUUGACAGCAUAUUAUGGCGUUCUAAAUGGUGGCAUUAGCCAAUAUGGAUCUAGAGAAAAUCGAAGUGAAGGUCGUGGUGUCGAAAUCCCACCUCUAAAUCAUUCUUCCUACACAUAUCCACAGAGCAUGGGAAGAAUACUAACGGGUCCAUAGAUUUGUAAUUUGUUAGCCAUGAAGAUGACAAGAAAUAAAAAGGGGCAGAAUUUCAGUUUUCUCUUUCUGCAAAGAAAAAGCCUGAAUAGCAAUUUGCAAAUAUGGAUUCCUCCACAUGUAUUAGAGUUUACUUGAUCUUCGUUCCCACCCUCACUGUUUGCAUUAACUUUUGGGUCUGUACAAAUAUGGUUGUAAUACAGAUCUUAUUUGCUUUCCAAAAACAGUAUUGUAAAACCAAGUUCUUGGAAUGAAUUUGUAAGAAUUGUCACCUUUCUUCUUUUUAGCCUAUUAGACCAUUCUAGUGCAGUUUUUGAGGGGCAAGCCUAAAUGCAGUGUAGGUAGAAAACAAAUCAAUCACAGUUCUUCUA